AUGUUACCAUUGAAAGGAAUUAAGGUCAUAGAGCUAGCUGGUCUAGCUCCAGGCCCAUUCGCAGGCCUUCUCCUAGCCGAUUAUGGAGCUUCAGUCCUCCGUAUAGACCGACCCAACUCUAUAAGCAGUGAUCAAUUAACUCGCAACAAAACCUCCAUAACUCUCGACCUCCGCGACAAAACAUCCCUAAGCAUCCUACUCCGCCUGCUCACAACUGCCGACAUCCUAAUCGACCCAUUCCGCCCAGGUGUUCUCGAACGUCUCGGUCUUUCCCCAACAGAAGUCCUCCAAAAACACAAUCCCCGUCUCAUAGUUGCCCGCAUGACCGGCUUUCGCCGCGACGGGAAAUACAAAGACAUGGCCGGCCACGACAUAAACUACAUCGCCGUCUCAGGCGUGCUGUCCAUGCUCGGCCGCGCAAAUGAAAAGCCCUAUGCCCCAGGUAACAUCCUCGGCGACUUCGCCGGCGGCGGCGCAGUCUGUUUCCAGGGAAUCCUACUUGCCCUUAUCUCCCGCUCCCAUACAGGUCGUGGCCAGGUCGUUGAGGCAAAUAUGGUGGAUGGUUCCGCUUAUCUUGCUACUUUCCCGCGGCUAGCGAGAACUACACCGGCGUGGACGCAGCCACGUGGUGAGAAUCUGCUCGAUAGUGGGUGUCCGUAUUAUGACACGUACGAAACUAAGGAUUCCGGGCGGUAUUUUGCCGUCGGGGCUUUGGAGCCGCAGUUCUAUGCGGCGUUCGUACGGGGAUUGGGAUUCGAGAUUGGGGAACUUCCGAAAAGAGAGGACCCGGAGCAGUGGCCGAAAUUGAGGGAGAUCUUUACCAGGAGGUUUAAGGAGCAGACGCGGGUGGAGUGGGAGGCUGUUUUUGAUGGCACGGAUGCUUGUGCGACGCCGGUCUUGGAGCAGGCGGAGCUUGAGGGGGAUGGCCCCGAUUCCGGCGGAUCAGGGGGCUGGUCCGGUGGGGGGCUUUUGCCUGGGGAAGGGGGUGUUGAUACGCUUAGGGAGUGGAUGGGGUGGGAACAAGGCAAGGACUUUGAUGUUAGGAAGGAUGGGGCUCUGGUGGGGAUGAAUGGGAAGUCAAAGAUUUGA